ACCUGCCUGGUGUUUCAUUCUCUUUCAUUUUGAUGGUGAUGUUAACCAACAGGGAUUGCUCUGCUUGUUUAGUUCAGUUUAGUUUAGUUAAGUAGUCAAGGCUCGGAUUGGCCAAGCUGUACUGGAACAAAGGAAUCGGAGAAAAGGGUGAGAGGGGCUAAUUUACCUGUGACACGGAUUGUUGUCCACUGGAUGAGGGGAAUACUGGUCACAUGGACAAUGACCUAACCUGAGUCCUCUCACCCAGCCUGGAGUCUGUCAGCCCAGGGACCGCUACAGAGGCUUUUGACUGACCCUCUCAGUCCCAGUCAUGGAGAUCCGGAAGAGGGGGAACUGGAACAAGCUGGAGAGCUACUGGGGGAUUUCCCAGGACAAAGUGUCCCCUGAUGGCUUCUCUGUGGGGGCAGGGGUGGCUGGGGGGGCAGGGGGAGACCCCCAGGACUACCUCCGUCCCACAGGCCUGAGCAUUCCUCCUGUGUGGCCAUGGCGACGGGUGGCUGUCAUGGCAGUGGGUCUGGUAUUGGCUGUUGUUAUUGGUCUGUCUCACGCCUGGUGUGUUAACUCCAUUCACGAGAACCUGCUGUGGUUCUCCCACCUGACGGAAGUGGAGCGUGAAAUCUCCUUUAGGACAGAAUGUGGUCUGUACUACUCCUACUACAAACAGAUGUUGCAGGCGCCGACCUUUCAGCAAGGUGUGUGGGAGCUGGUGAAUGACAACUUGACUGAGUCCAGGAGGACCAUUAACCUGUUGCAGCGCAUGAACAUCUACCAGGAAGUGGUGCUCAGUGCUCUCUACAGACUGCUUCCCAUUCAGGGGUUCCUGGAGCCAAUUUAUUUCUACAUCUACACCGUGUUCUCCCUGCAGGCUGUGUAUGUGAUAGCCCUUUACCUCACCAGCUGGCUGCUUAGUGGAUGCUGGCUGUCUGGAGCUCUCACUGCGGUCUGGUACAUCCUCAACAGGAUCGACACCACGCGUGUAGAGUUCACCAUCUCCCUGAGGGAGAACUGGUCCAUGCCCUUCUUCGCUCUGCAGGUGGCAGCUAUCACAUGCUUCCUCAGACCUCAGCUCAGGCCCAUACAGCAGAAGGUGGUGGUGUGGCUGAUGUUUGUGGCCACGCUGGGUUUCUGCCUGACGUGGCAGUUUAACCAGUUCAUCCUGCUGGUCCAGGCCAUGGUCCUGUACACUCUGGACUGUCUGGACCUCCUCUCACCAGCACAGGUGACCUGUGUGUACCUGGUCCAGCUGACCAGUCUGCUGUGUGUCUGGCUGCUUCAGUUCUGUAACUCCAUGAUCCUGGGCUCUCUGGCCCUCAGCUUCAUCACCUCCGCCCUCUUCGUCAGACACUUCCAGAGAGGUGUAAAGUCUGGAGGGCUGCUGGCCAGGCUUGGGAAGCUGUUUCUGCAUUCAUGUCUGGUCCUCUCUCUCACCCUUUCCAUCAAUUACCUAGCCAAGCAAGCUCUGCAGCUGAGAUCAGAUGAACACAUCUUUAAAUUCAUCAAGUCGAAGGUUGGCUUGGGACCCACCAGAGAUUUCGAUGCCAGCCUCUACCUGUGUGAGGAGGCCUUCGGACUGCUGCCGUUUGACACGUUUGAGCGUCUGGCGGGCACCCUGCUGGUGUACCCCUACCUCGGUACCCUGGUGGUCCUGCUGCCCAUGCUGGCCCUUGUGGCACUGAGACACCUCAGUGGGCAGGAGACUGGGGGGGGCGAGGAUCUCAAGGGGGGAGCAGAGGACACCGUCGUCUCUAUGAGACCAGAUGUCGCCUACAAUAUCGUACACAGCCUCUUCUACGGACUGCUGGCCUUCAGCACCAUGAGGAUGAAGUACCUGUGGACUGGCCACGCGUGUGUCCUGGCUGCCUACGGUGUUUGUGGGAAGGAGCUCUGGCUUGUGGUCUUGAAUGUGCUCCACUGUAACUCCAAAACAAAGUUAAGGCUGAUCAGAUACACAGUUCCCAUAGUAAUUCUGGGCUUCCUAUAUUACAAGUUCUGGAGCAAGCUGAUGAAGGAGGUGUCGGAGCUAAGGGAGUUCUAUGACCCAGACACUGUGGAACUCAUGACCUGGAUCAGUUCCAGGACCUCUCCCAAGGCAGUGUUCGCUGGGAGCAUGCAGCUGUUGGCUGGGAUUAAACUCUGCACAGGCCGAGGCCUCACCAACCACCCCCACUACGAGGACCAAGCCCUGAGGGAAAGGACUAGACAGGUGUACCAGGUGUAUGCUCGCCAGCCUCCAGAUGAGGUGUACCGCUUGCUGCGCGAAGCGGGGGCAGACUUCCUGGUUCUAGAAGACAGCAUCUGCUAUGAGAGGAGGCACCGGCGUGGCUGCAGACUCCGUGACCUCCUGGACCUGGCCAAUGGGCAUGUCAUGGAUGGUCCGGGGGACGACGCCCCUGACCUGGUGCCCUCCCCCCACCCCCGCUUCUGCGAGGCCAUCAAGACGGAGACGCCGGCGUACGCCUCCCUCUUCACGCGCGCCUUCCACAACAAGACCUUCCACGUGUACCGUCUGAAGAAGAAGAGGAAGAGGAAGGCGGCGGCGAGCAGCAGCCCCGCUGAGGCGCCCCCGGCCCGCCACGGAGGGCUGAGGCUCCUCCAGCGGCUGGGUUGCCGGUGUGAAUCCCACAGGGCUUACGAGGACAACAUAGAGAGCAACUGACGAGACCAAGGUUACCCCUGCCCCCCCCGCGCAGACUCCCACCAGCGCAAAGAUCCCCACGCUGAAGCAUGGCUCCGUAACGCGGCUGUGGUCUCGGUGUCACGUGGACAACAGGGGGAUCGUCUCUCAUGUAUUUUGAACUGUCAUGCGACCUCUUGUAUUGUUGAUGAUGUUAAAUUAUUGAUUGGUGCCAUCUGCAAGGCUGCUACCCCGACUGCUAUGCCCCCUGUGAAUCGCCAAUACAGCCCUGUACACACACACACACACACACACACACACAGCCUGGAGCCUGUGCCCUGGUCUGUGGCGGUAUUGUUGUCAGAGCAGUCGUGGCAGGCUGACAAGGCUCUGAUUGGAGCAGAGCAGAGCAGGGUUGAAGAACAGCUCAUGCAUAUGAAUCCUCAGCUUACUGUCAGCCUGGGGGGGGGGCAACCCCUCCAGUCUUUACUAAACAGGCCGGUCGUGAGGACUCGAGGAUUCACAACCGCAACACACGCACAACCACACACAUACACACACACACACACAUAUAUUAAUAUAUAUAUACACGUAUACACUGUUUAUGCGUAGCUUUCAACCAGACAGAAACACAGUAGAGGAGAAAACAGAUGAGAAGAAAGUAGGCGUCUGAGAGAGUGUGAUUGAAAGACAAGAGCAUUGUGGGUAAUUACGGGGCAAGCCACUGUUUGUGUGUGUAUGUUUCUGUGCAUGUGUGUGUCUGUGUGUGACUCUGUGGAUGUGAAGAUAUUGUGUGUGUGUGUGUGUGUGUGUGUGUGUCAUCACCUGUCUGUCUGUGUCUCAGUCUCAGACCUCUGCUGAGGAAUCACUACCGCACUUGUUAAUGAGGACCCUGUCUCAUAACACAGACACACACACAUACAUUUUACAAUAGCACAGUCCUUUUCACAAGUCACAGACAGAAGCCGUACUGCUUUUAGAUGUGUUGUCACGUGUUUGAAGGUUGAGUGUCACUGGCUCAUUGUUAUGCAUGCCAGUAAUGUCACUGAAUAGCAUUGCUUGUUCAUUCAUUUGGUUUUAAAUUGGAUGUUUAAUUUAGUAGGUGCCCUGUUACCUUAUUAGACACAGAGCUGAUGCUGCCGGGUUUGCUUAAUAAGACUUUAUUAAUGGAAUGUUUUUGAAACCGACAUUGUUCAGUUUCAUUCCAUUAAUUCAAUUUUGACAGGUCGGAUAUUUGAACCACUCUCAGUAUUUUAAUGAAAGUGAGAUAAUAGAAACUGUGUAGGAGAUGAUUUGACUCUGGCCUAUAGUCCUAUAGCUGCUCCACACCGGAGGAUGACAUCAUAGACCCCUGCCGAGUGUGUGAAUUGUAUUGUCCGGGUGAAACCCUCUGAUAGGCUGUAGGAGAGUGUCAGCGAAGCCUUGUGGAACAGGAAGUAGACUAAUUCAUAAUUCUGUCCCAGGAGUCUCACCUGUCCUGGCCUUCUUCUAGGCCAUGCAGGUCUGCAGUACUUCAUAAUCCAGACUGUUAACUGUAUGGGCUAUACUAGGCAGGGUCAUGUUUACGUAUUCAUUACUAUACUAUAAAAAAGGGAUGUUAUUUUUCUUGUAUUGCUUAUGUAGAUGUUAUGUAAUGUAAUUUAAAGAUUUGAUUUGAAGUACUAGAGUGUCUUGAAGUCCUUGUUUGGAUAUUGUAGGGAGUUGAUGUUCUUCUGCUUGCUUUUCCAUGUCAUUCUGCGUCUUGUUUCAUGCGAGCUGUGACGGGUUUAAACCAAACCUUUCCUCGUUAUUAAUGUAUUGUGCUAUUUCAUUAAACCUCGAUAGGAACUCU